CGGCCCCUGCGCGCCGAGCUGCGCGCGCCCGCGCCUAUGUGUGUGAGUGCGUGUCCUGCUCGCCCCAUGCUGCCGCCGCGCCCGGUACCUGCCGCCGCGCCCGGGGCUGCGGGAGAUGCGAGAGGCUGAGCCGCGGAGGAGGAACCCGAGCGGCGGCGGCGGCGGCCGCGGCGGCGGCGGGAGGAGCCCCCCAGGAGGAGGACCGGAAUCCAUGUGUCUUUCCUGGUGACUAGGAUGUCGUCGGAGGAGGACAAGGGCGCGGAGCAGCCGCAGCCGCCGCCACAACCCCCCGAGGAGCCGGGAGCCCCGGCCCCGAGCCCCGCAGCCGCAGACAAAAGACCUCGGGGCCGGCCUCGCAAAGAUGGCGCUUCCCCUUUCCAGAGAGCCAGAAAGAAGCUUAGAAGUAGAGGAAAAGCUACAGUGGAAGAUGAGGACAGCAUGGAUGGUCUGGAGACAACAGAAACAGAAAAUAUUGUGGAAACAGCAGAAAUCAAAGAACAGUCUGCAGAAGAGGAUGCUGAGGUGGAGGCAGAUGGCAGCAAGCGGCUGGCCCCGGCCCUGCAACGCUCUGUGUCUGAAGAGUCUGCGAGCUCCCUGGUCUCAGUUGGUGUAGAAGCCAAAAUCAGUGAACAGCUCUGUGCUUUUUGUUACUGUGGUGAAAAAAGUUCCUUAGGACAAGGAGACCUAAGACAAUUUAGAGUAACGCCUGGAUUUAUCUUGCCGUGGAAAAACCAGCCUUGUAGCAAGAAGGACAUGGAUGACAACAGCAAUGGGACCUGUGAGAAAAUUCAGAACUCAGCACCACGAAAACAGAGAGGACAGAGAAAAGAACGGUCUCCUCAGCAGAAUACCGUAUCGUGUGUGAGUGUGAGCACGCAGACUGCUUCUGAUGACCAGGUUAUUCAAUUAUGGGAUGAGCUCAGUCUUGUCGGUCUUCCCGACGCCAUUGAUGUCCAAGCCUUAUUUGAUCCCACAGGCACUUGUUGGGCUCAUCACCGCUGUGUGGAGUGGUCACUGGGAGUGUGCCAGAUGGAAGAACCGCUAUCAGUAAAUGUGGACAAAGCUGUUGUCUCAGGGAGCACAGAGCGAUGUGCAUUUUGUAAGCACCUUGGAGCCACUAUCAAAUGCUGUGAAGAGAAAUGUACACAGACAUACCAUUACCCUUGUGCUGUGGGGGCGGGCACCUUCCAGGAUGUCAGCCACUUCUUCCUUCUUUGUCCAGAGCACAUCGACCAAGCUCCUGAAAGAUCAAAGGAAGAUGCAAACUGUGCAGUGUGCGACAGCCCGGGAGACCUGUUAGAUCAGUUCUUUUGUACUACUUGUGGUCAGCACUAUCAUGGAAUGUGCCUGGAUAUAGCGGUUACUCCAUUAAAACGUGCAGGUUGGCAAUGUCCUGAGUGCAAAGUGUGCCAGAACUGCAAACAAUCGGGAGAAGAUAGCAAGAUGCUAGUGUGUGAUACGUGUGACAAAGGGUAUCAUACUUUUUGUCUUCAACCAGUUAUGAAAUCAGUACCAACCAAUGGCUGGAAAUGCAAAAAUUGCAGAAUAUGUGUAGAGUGUGGCACACGGUCUAGCUCUCAGUGGCACCACAAUUGUCUGGUGUGUGACAGUUGUUACCAGCAGCAGGAUAACUUGUGUCCUUUCUGCGGGAAGUACUACAACCCAGAACUGCAGAAAGACAUGCUUCACUGUAAUAUGUGCAAAAGGUGGAUUCACUUAGAAUGUGACAAACCAACGGACCAGGAACUGGAUUCUCAGCUCAAAGAAGAGUAUAUCUGCACAUAUUGCAAACAUUUAGCAGCUGCCGAGAUGGAUGCGCUGCAGCCAGGUACUGGUGUGGAGAUGGCCGACAUCACUGCAGAUUAUAACAAUGAAAUGGAAGUUGAAGGCUCUGAAGACCCUGUGGUGUUUCUAGAGCGAGCAGUUAAUAAAGAUGCCAGCGGUCAAGAGUCUACACCUGGAAUUGUUCCAGAUGCAGUUCUGAUCCUUGCUGGAGAACAGAAGAGCAAUCUGCAAGAAGGUCUGGAUACACAUGAGCUUCUCACUUCUGAAUCAUCUCAAGAUAAAAUGCAUCCUGAAUUGGAAAAUCGGAUUUCUCAUGCAGUAGACAAUGAAAAGGUGGAAAUGCCUUCUAAAGUGAUGCAUACUUGUGAUGAAGAUCAAAAUGAAAACAAAAUGGAUGUGAUGGGAAACGUCGACAUCCUUGCACACCCGGCCACCGCACCAGAGGAGCUGCAGUUAGAAGAACCUAAAACGGUGGCAUCCGCUGAGGAGUCCAGGUCUCCACAUUCAAUCCUUGACUCCGUCACCGUUCCACCAGAAACCUUGGUGUCCCCCUGUAAGGAAAGUACUGAAUGCCCCAUGGAACUGCUAGCUGCAGAAAGGGUACAAGAAGAAACGGAAAACAAAGUUAGUUCUGAAUCUUCCACUGCCUUCAUGGACUUUGAAACGACUCCUGCAGUUGAGAGUUGUGAGAAGGAUGGUUUAUGCCAAGACAAAUCUAUAAAAUUUCUGUCUGAGACGGAGUUAUCAUUUCCAUCAGCAGUGGACAUAAGCAAGGCCCAUGUGUCUUCCUCUCCAUCUUGUUCCUCCGACUUGCCUUCCCACGACAUGCUGCCCAGUUACCCUUCAGCGCUCAGUGCUUCUGUUGGAAAUAUCCUGCCAACCACUUACUUUUCAGUCACUCCAAAAAUUGGCAUGGGUAAACCAGCUAUUACCAAAAGAAAAUUUUCUCCUGGUAGACCUCGUUCUAAACAGGGGGCUUGGAGUACCCAUAAUACAGUGAGCCCACCUUCCUGGUCCCCAGACAUUUCAGAAGGUCGGGAAAUUUUUAAACCCAGGCAGCUUCCUGGCAGUGCCAUUUGGAGCAUCAAAGUGGGCCGCGGGUCGGGGUUCCCAGGAAAGCGGAGACCUCGCGGUGCAGGCCUGUCGGGCCGUGGCGGCAGAGGCAGGUCCAAAUUGAAAAGUGGAAUGGGGACAGUUGUGCUACCUGGGGUGUCUGCUGCUGAUAUUUCAUCGAAUAAGGAUGAAGAAGAAAACUCCAUGCACAAUACGGUUGUGCUGUUUUCUAGUAGUGACAAGUUCACUUUGCAUCAGGAUAUGUGCGUAGUUUGUGGCAGUUUUGGCCAAGGAGCAGAGGGAAGAUUACUGGCCUGUUCUCAGUGUGGGCAGUGCUACCAUCCAUACUGUGUCAGUAUUAAGAUCACUAAAGUGGUUCUCAGCAAAGGUUGGCGGUGCCUUGAGUGCACCGUGUGUGAGGCCUGCGGGAAGGCCACGGACCCAGGGAGACUCCUGCUGUGCGAUGACUGUGACAUCAGUUACCACACCUACUGCCUGGACCCUCCCUUGCAGACGGUGCCCAAAGGCGGCUGGAAGUGUAAAUGGUGUGUUUGGUGCCGACACUGUGGAGCCACGUCUGCGGGUCUGAGAUGUGAGUGGCAGAACAACUACACGCAGUGUGCCCCCUGUGCAAGCCUGUCUUCCUGCCCCAUCUGCUACCGAAACUACCGGGAGGAAGACCUCAUUCUGCAGUGCAGACAAUGUGAUAGAUGGAUGCAUGCAAUUUGUCAAAACUUAAAUACUGAAGAGGAAGUGGAAAAUGUGGCAGACACUGGUUUUGACUGUAGCAUGUGCAGACCCUAUAUGCUGACAUCAAAUGUGCCUUCCUCAGACUGCUGUGACUCCUCACUUGUAGCACAGAUCGUCACAAAAGUGAAGGAGCUAGAUCCACCCAAGACCUACACCCAGGAUGGUGUGUGCUUGACUGAAUCAGGGUUGACUCAGUUACAGAGUCUCAUAGCUACAGCUCCAAGAAGAAAGCGUUCAAAACCAAAGUUGAAAUUGAAGAUUAUAAAUCAGAACAGCGUGGCCGUCCUGCAGACCCCCCCAGACAUCCAGUCUGAGCAUUCACGGGAUGGAGAAUUGGAUGACAGUCGAGAAGGAGAACUUAUGGACUGUGAUGGAAAGUCAGAAUCUAGUCCUGAACGGGAAGCCAUGGAUGGUGAAGCCAAGAGUGUGGAAGGAACAGAGGGUGUCAGAAAGAGGAAGCGAAAACCAUACAGACCAGGUAUCGGUGGAUUUAUGGUACGGCAAAGAAGUCGCACCGGGCAAGGAAAAGCCAAAAGAUCUGUGAUCAGGAAAGAUUCCUCGGGCUCUGUUUCUGAGCAGUUACCGAGCAGAGAUGAAGGUUGGAGUGAGCAGUUACCAGAUACACUUGUUGAUGAAUCUGUUUCUGUUACUGAGAACACUGAAAAAAUAAAGAAGAGGUACCGGAAAAGGAAAAACAAGCUCGAGGAAACUUUCCCUGCCUAUUUACAAGAAGCUUUCUUUGGAAAAGAUCUUCUAGAUACAAGUAGACAAAACAAGCUAAAUUUAGAUAAUCUAACAGAAGACACCGCUCAGCUUUCAUGUAAAGCGAACGUGAACACACAUUUCUUGGAUCCUUCCUUAGACCCACUACUUAGUUCAUCCUCAACUCCAGCAAAACCUGGAACUCAUGGUACUGCUGAUGACACCUUAGCUGAUAUAUCCGAAGUCCUAAACACAGAGGAUGACAUUCUUGGAAUAAUUUCAGAUGACCUUGCAAAAUCAGUUGAUCAUUCAGGUCUUGAUUUAUGCACUUUCCAGGUUGACAACUCACCUUUUCCAUUUGCCGGAAUAGAUAUUGGCCCUGUCGCCGAGGACCCUUCCUCUGUGUCUCAGCCAAGUGUCAAUCAGAGUUCACGACCUUUAAGUGAGGAGCAGCUGGAUGGAAUCCUUAGUCCUGAACUAGACAAAAUGGUCACAGAUGGAGCAAUUCUUGGAAAGUUAUAUAAAAUUCCAGAGCUAGGAGGAAAGGAUGUUGAAGACUUGUUUACUGCUGUGCUCAGUCCUGUGACUCCUCAGCCAACUCCAUUACCACAGCCUCCCCCUCCCCCUGCACCACAGCUGAUACCCCUACACAAUCAGGAUGUUUUUUCACGGAUGCCACUCAUGAAUGGCCUUAUCGGGCCCGGUCCUCAUCUCCCACACAACUCUCUGCCUCCUAGAAGUGGACUGGGAGCGUUCUCUGCCAUAGCACAGUCCCCGUACACCGAGGCCAGGGAUAAGAACCCAGCAUUUAAUCCAAUGGCCAGUGACGCUCACAGCUCUUGGGCCUCCUCGGCUCCCCCUGUGGAAGGGGAGAGCGAUACGAUGUCCAAUGCGCAGAGAAGCACACUCAAGUGGGAGAAGGAGGAGGCUCUGGGGGAGAUGGCCACCGUUGCACCCGUUCUCUACACAAACAUUAACUUCCCCAACCUGAAGGACGAGUUCCCUGACUGGACUACCAGAGUGAAGCAGAUUGCUAAGCUGUGGAGAAAAGCAAGCUCCCAGGAAAGAGCACCAUACGUGCAAAAAGCUAGAGACAACCGAGCUGCAUUGCGCAUCAAUAAAGUGCAGAUGUCAAAUGAUUCCCUGAAGAGGCAGCAGCAGCCAGACUGCAGCGACCCCGGCUCUCGGCUUGACUCAGAUCUCUUUAAAGAUCCAUUAAAGCAGAGAGAGUCGGAACAUGAACAGGAAUGGAAAUUUAGACAGCAAAUGCGCCAGAAGAGUAAGCAGCAGGCGAAGAUUGAGGCCACCCAGAAGCUGGAGCAGGUGAAGAGCGAGCAGCAGCAGCAGCAGCAGCAGCAGCAACAGCAGCAGUUUGGUUCCCAGCCUCUGCUGGCAUUGUCGCGCUCGGACACGCCGAGCAGUGGGAUACAGAGCCCCCUGACUACCCAGCCUGGCCCUGGAAACAUGUCUCCUGCACAAUCAUUCCAUAAAGACCUGUUUACAAAGCAGCUCCCCAGCACCCCAACUUCCUCAUCUGCAGACGAUGUGUUUGUAAAGCCACAGGCUCCUCCUCCUCCCCCCACGCCCUCCCGGCUUCCCCUCCAGGAGAGCCCUUCCCAUCCUCAGACUUCUCAGCCGCCUUCCCCGCAGGUGUUCUCACCUGGAUCGUCUAACUCCCGACCACCGUCUCCAGUGGAUCCUUAUGCGAAAAUGGUUGGUACCCCAAGACCGCCUCCUGGGGGCCACAGCUUUCCCAGAAGGAAUUCUGCACUGGUGGAAAGCUGUGUAUCUGUAUCGGCACCGAGGCCCCCUCAACUGGGUGAGGGUGCAGCCAAUAGGCCAUCUCCCGUCCGAGAUUUCUGCUCUUCCUCCGCGACAAGUAGUGACCCCUACGCGAAGCCUCCAGACACACCCAGGCCUGUGACAACAGACCAGUUUCUCAAACCCUUGGGCCUGCCCCGGGCUCCUGCAGGUCCAGAACAAACUGCAAAAGGUCCUCUAGCAGCUGGAACCAAUGAUCACUUCAUGAAACCAUCUCCUAGGGCAGAUGCAUUUCAAAGACAGCGGAUCCCUGACUCAUAUGGACGACCCUUGUUGACGCCUGCACCCCUGGAUAGUGGUCCCGGACCUUUUAAGGCUCCCUUGCAGCUGCCUCCGCCCUCCCAGGACCCUUAUGGGCCAGUGCCACAUCCACCAAGGCGGCUAUCCGUUGACCCUUAUGAAAGGCCUGUCUUGACACCAAGACCUGCAGAUAAUUUUUCUCAUAACCAGUCGAGUGAUCCAUAUAGCCAGCCUCCCCUCACCCCCCGUCCUGCAAUGAACGAGUCUUUCACCCACCCCUCAAGGGCUUUUCCCCAGCCUGGAACCAUAUCAAGGCCAACAUCUCAGGAUCCAUACUCCCAACCCUCAGGACCAUCUCCCUCCAAUCCAGACCCUUACUCGCAGCCUCCUGGAACUCCUCGGCCCCCAACGAUUGAUCCAUAUGGUCAGCAGCCACCAACCCCAAGGCCUCCUACACAAGCAGACUUGUUUGCUACAUCUGCAGCUCCUCAGAGGCACUCUGACCCAUAUGCUCAUGCUCCGGGAACACCAAGACCUGGUGUCUCUGUUUUUUACUCGCAGCCACCAGCAGCCCCAAGGCCAAGGGUUUCAGAGGGUUUUGCUCGGUCCUCAGUGACAAGACCUGUCCUCAUGCCAAGUCAGGAUUCGUUCCUGCAGGCAGCACAGAAUCGAGGCAGCGCCUUACCUGGCCCUGUGGUGAGGACACCUGAAGCCUGUUCCCAAACCCCUGUGCCGCCGGGACCUGCCCUUGCAGACACAUUCAGCCGGGUCUCCCCCUCUGCUGCUCGGGAUCCCUACGACCAGCCCCCAAUGACCCCAAGGCCCCAGGCUGAUGCUUUUGGAGCAAGUCAAAUGGCUCCUGAUGCUGCUGAUCAGCCCCGGCCUGGGUCCGAGGGGAACUUCAGUGCUCCUGCCAACACCCCUGUGAAUUCUCAAGGCCAGCAGUUCUCCAGUGUCUCCCAACUUCCUGGCCCAGUACCCACCUCAGGAGUCACUGACACACACAACACCAUCAACAUGUCCCAAGCGGAUACAGAGAAAUUGAGACAGCGGCAGAAGUUACGAGAAAUCAUUCUGCAGCAGCAACAGCAGAAGAAGAUGGCAGGUCGGCAGGAGAAAGGUUCCCAGGAUGCAGCCUCCAUGCCUCAUCCCAGUCCCCUGCAGCACUGGCAGCCUGAGGGUGCCAGCCAGGCUUUCUCCAGGCCCCCACCCCCCUAUCCUGGGAGCAUCAGGCCUCCUGCUGUCCCUCCGCUGGGACCCAGAUACGCUGUCUUCCCAAAGGACCCACGUGGACCCUAUCCUCCUGAAGUGACUGGCAUGGGUAUGAGACCUCAUGGAUUUAGAUUUGGAUUUCCAGGAGGUAGUCAUGGUACCCUGUCAAGUCAGGAACGCUUCCUAGUGCCUCCUCAGCAAAUACAAGGACCUGGGAUUCCUCCGCAGCUGAGAAGGUCGAUGUCUGUAGAUAUGCCCCGGCCUUUAAAUAACCCGCCAAUGAGUAGUCCGGUUGGUCUUCCUCAGCAUUUCCCACCGCCAGGCCUGCCCGCCCCACAGCAUCACAUACUCGGCCAGGCGUUCAUCGAGCUUCGGCACAGGGCCCCGGAUGGACGGCCACGGCUGCCCUUCAGUGCCCCUGGCAACAACGUUCUAGAGGCACCUUCUCAUCCACGACACGGGAACUUUAUUCCCCGGCCGGACUUCCCAGGCCCUAGACACACAGACCCCAUGAAACAGCCUUCCCAAGGUCUGCCUAAUCAGCUGCCCGUGCAUCCGAUUUUGGAGCAGGUGCCACCCUCUCAGCCGGGGCAAGGUCACCCUGUCCAUUCUAUGGUCAUGAGGUCCCUGAGUCACCCCUUCGGGGGGGAGUUCUCAGAGUCCUCUUUGUCGACAUCCACACCAGUUGAAACGCCGUCUGGUAGUUUACAGGUAACUGCCCAGUCUUCUGAUGGUCUUGAAGAAAAACUUGAUUCUGAUGAUCCAUCUGUAAAAGAGCUAGAUGUUAAAGAUCUUGAGGGGGUUGAAGUCAAAGACUUGGAUGAUGAAGAUCUUGAAAAUUUAAAUCUAGAUACAGAAGAUGGCAAGGGAGAUGAAUUGGAUACUUUAGGUAAUUUGGAAACUAAUGAUCCCAACUUGGAUGACCUCUUAAGGUCAGGAGAAUUUGACAUCAUUGCAUAUACAGAUCCAGAACUUGACCUAGGAGAUAAGAAAAGCGUGUUUAACGCAGAACUAGACCUUAAUGUCCCAAUUGAUGACAAGUUAGAUAAUCAGUGUGUAUCUAUUGAACCAAAAAAAAAGGAGCAAGAUAAAACUGUGGUUCCUUCCGAUAAACAUUCCCCUUGGAAAAAAUCCACUGUAACCAGUGAGAUAAAAACAGAAGUACUGUCUCCAAAUGCUAAAGGGGAAACCAAAUGUGAAAGUGAGAAAAGCGAUGAGGGUAAAGGCUGCGCUGACGCUCCCUGCUCCCAGGCUGCCGCUCACACGGACUUGCCUGGUGGGGAGGAGGCCCCCCCGCAGCCCUGUGAGGCUGACCUGCCUGACGACAGGGCGCUUGGCGAUACCGCCGCCUCCUGCACAGCCGCCGCUCCCGGGCCCACUCAGCUGCCUGCUGAAGACACAGCCAGCGCUUGUGGCGUAGCUGGGUCAACUCCGGUUCUUUCCAGUUUACUUGCUAAUGAUAAGUUGGACACUCCAGACAUGGAGCCGUUGAGGUCUUCACCACCAACGUUGCCAGCCUCAGCAUCCAGUCACAUGCCAAGUUUGCCCCCUCCACUGAUGACACCGCCAGGCCACGUUUUGGAUAAUACCAUGAAUUCUAAUGUAACAGUAGUCUCUAGGGUAAACCACGCUUUUCCUCAGAGUGUGCAGGUAAAUCCGGGAUUCCUUCAGGGUCAUUCGGCAGUUAAUCAUGGUUUUGGGGCAGGAAAACCUACAGAUCAAACUGUGCCCCUAUCCAGUCAGUCUGGACCCCCGCCACUGGUGGUUCCUCCAACCCUCACCCCGCAGAGCAGAGAGAGACCCCUCCUCCUGGACGAACAGCCUCUGCUGCUGCAGGACCUUCUGGACCAGGAGAGGCAGGAGCAGCAGCAGCAGAGACAGAUGCAGGCCAUGAUCCGGCAGCGGUCGGAACCCUUCUUUCCCAACAUCGAUUUUGAUGCAAUUACGGAUCCUAUAAUGAAAGCAAAGAUGGUGGCCCUAAAAGGCAUCAAUAAAGUAAUGGCACAAAACAACAUGGGCAUGCCACCGAUGGUUAUGAACAGGUUCCCCUUUAUGGGCCAGUCGGUGACUGGAGCGCAAACAGGUGACGGCCAGACUCUCCUGCCACAGGCCAUUCCUCAGGAUGGCAGUAUAACACAUCAGCUUUCUAGGCCUAAUCCUCCAAAUUUUGGUCCAGGCUUUGUCAAUGACUCUCAGCGGAAGCAGUACGAAGAGUGGCUUCAGGAGACCCAGCAGCUGCUCCAGAUGCAGCAGAAGUACCUGGAAGAACAGAUAGGAGCCCACAGGAAAUCCAAGAAGGCCCUCUCGGCCAAGCAGCGCACCGCCAAGAAGGCCGGGCGGGAGUUCCCAGAAGAGGACGCGGAGCAGCUCAAGCAUGUGACUGAGCAGCAGAGCAUGGUUCAGAAGCAGCUGGAGCAGAUCCGGAAGCAGCAGAAGGAGCACGCGGAGCUGAUGGAGGAUUACCGGAUCAAGCAGCAGCAGCAGCAGCAGCAGCAGCAUGCACUGGCCCCGCCCGCUGUCAUGCCCAGGGUGCCGCCCCUCAUUCCCGGAGCUGCCCCACCCGCCAUGGGCCAGCCCACCUUCCCCCUGGUGGCUCAGCCACUGCAGCACUCAGCUGUCAUUCCUGGCCACACCAGCCCUGCGCGGAUGCCCAGCUUACCCGGAUGGCAGCCUCCCGGCACCCCUGCUCACCUCCCCCUGAACCCUCCCCGAGUCCAGCCUCCAGUUGCCCAAUUACCGAUGAAAACUUGCACAUCGGCCCCGGGGACAGUGCCCAAUGCAAAUCCACAGAGCGGCCCGCCUCCACGGGUGGAGUUCGAUGACAACAACCCCUUUAGUGAAAGUUUUCAAGAACGGGAACGGAAAGAGCGGCUCCGGGAGCAGCAGGAGAGGCAGCGAAUCCAGCUCAUGCAGGAGGUGGACCGCCAGAGGGCCCUGCAGCAGAGGAUGGAGCUUGAGCAGCAUGGCCUGCCGGGCCCGGAAUUGAGCGCAAGGACAGCCAUGCCACAGGCCCCGUUCUACGGCCCUGACCUGCCUUGUGACUUCCUGCAGCCCCCGCGGCCCCUUCAGCAGUCUCCGCAGCAGCAGCAGCAGGUGGGCCAGGUUUUGCAGCAGCAGAGCAUGCCCCAAGGGUCUGUGAAUUCACCCCCCACCCCAACUUUCAUGCAGACCAACGAGCGAAGACAGAUAGGACCCCCCUCGUUGGUCCCUGACUCGCUGUCAAUUCCUGGCGGGAGCCCAACCUUCCACCCCGGUAAGCAGGCGCACAGCAGUCUCCCCAGGGCCGGCUUCCAGCAGUCCCCCGUGAGGGCUCCUUUCACACCUGCCCUGCCCACAGCAUCGCCGGGAGCCAACAGCAGUCUCCCCUGUGGCCAAGACCCUGCCUUAACCCAUGGACAAGGUUACCCCGGAUCGGCCCAGUCUCUCAUUCAGCUGUAUUCUGAUAUCAUCCCAGAGGAGAAGGGGAAGAAGAAAAGAACAAGGAAAAAGAAGAAAGAUGAUGACGUGGAAUCCACCAAGGCACCGUCCACUCCACACUCAGACAUAACUGCUCCGCCGACCCCGAGUGUCCCUGAAUCUACCUUCACACCCACAGCCCCCACGCCCGGCGAGCUUCCUCUGAAAGGAGAGCCCGAGCCUGCGGAGGCAGCUGCCUCGUCGGCUCCGAGCGCGGCUGCAGGCCAGGCGUGUGCAGGCCCGGAAAGCGGCUCGCCCCCCGAGGAGUCCUCCCAGGGAGCCCCAGGUCCGCGGACGCCCACCCCUGCAGCGGCCGACACGCAGCCCGCGGGCGCGGCUGACGAGGCCACGCCGGAGCUGGCCGAGCCCCAGCAGCGCCCGGGCCCCGAGGGGCCUCCCGCAGAGGGACCGGCGGGGGGUCAGGCCGUAGAGACCGUGGCCUGUGCCACCUCCGCAGGGCAGAGCCCGCCCCCUGCUGCCAAAGGCGACGUGGGCAACGAGCUUCUGAAGCACCUGCUGAAAAACAAGAAGGCCGCCGCCCUCGGAGCCCCGAAACCUGAAGGCACCGGCUGCCCGCAAGAUGACAGCGCGAAGGCCAGCAGGCCGGCCGAGAGGCCGAGGCCCGCCGCGGCACCGCAAACUCUGGGAGCUCACACGCAAGGUAGUUUUGGAUGUGGCAACAACCAGCUGCCAAAAGUAGAUGGAGGAGGUGAAACCAAGAAACCACGAGGCAAACGGACCCAGAGGACAGGGGAGAAGGCAGCUCCUCGCUCAAAGAAAAGGAGAAAGGAUGAGGAGGAGAAGCAAGCUGUGUAUUCUUCCAGAGACACCUGUACCCGCCUGAAACAGCAGAAUAAUUUAAGUAAUCCUCCAACACCCCCUGCCUCUCUUCCUCCUACACCACCUCCUAUGGCCUGUCAGAAGAUGGCAAAUGGCUUUGCGACAACUGAAGAGCUUGCUGGAAAAGCAGGAGUGUUAGUGAGCCACGAAGUUACCAAAACCCUCGGACCUAAACCGUUCCACCUGCCGUUCCGAGCCCAGGACGACUUGCUGGCCAGAGCCAUUGCUCAGGGCCCCAAGACCGUGGAUGUGCCAGCGUCCCUGCCCACUCCGCCUCACAAUAACCAGGAGGACUUAAGGAUGCAGGACCACGGUGCUGAUCGGGACACUCCCGACAGCUUUGUCCCCUCAUCCUCUCCUGAGAGUGUGGUGGGGAUGGAAGUGAGCAGAUACCCUGAUUUGUCCCUGGUCAAAGAGGAGCCCCCCGAGCCUGUGCCAUCCCCCAUCAUUCCGAUUCUCCCCAGCAGUGCUGGGAAAGGUCCUGAGUCUAGACGGAAUGACAUUAAAACUGAGCCAGGCACGUUCUUCUUCUCGCCACCUUUCGGUUCUUCCCCAAACGGCCCCAGGUCGGGCCUGAUCUCUGUGGCCAUCACUCUGCAUCCAGCAGCUGCUGAGAACAUCAGCAGCGUUGUGGCUGCGUUUUCCAACCUUCUUCACGUCCGAAUUCCUAACAGCUAUGAGGUUAGUAACGCUCCAGACGGUCCCUCCAUGGGUUUGAUCAAUAGCCACAGAGUAAACCCAGGUUUGGAGUAUCGACAGCAUUUAUUUCUUCGUGGGCCUCCACCAGGAUCUGCGCACCCUCCCAGAUUAGCAAGCUCUUACCGGCUGAAGCCGCCCCACGUACCAUUUCCACCAACGAGCAACGGUCUUUCUGGCUACAGGGAUGCUGCUCACGGAGUCCCGGAGAACGAGGCACUCAGACCACGGUGGUGCUGUCACUGCAAAGUGGUGGUUCUCGGAGGCGGGGUGCGCAAGUCUCUCAGAGACCUGGCCUUCGUGAGCAAGGAUUCCUGCGAAAGCUCCAGUAGAGUGGAGAAGGACAUUGUCUUUUGUAGUAAUAACUGCUUCAUUCUUUACUCAUCGACUGUACAAGCAAAACUCUCAGACAGCAAGGAGUCCAUUCCUUCAUUGCCCCAGUCACCGAUAAAAGAGCCGCCUUCCCGGGCGUCCCACCAGUACAGCAACCACAUCUCCGCCCUGGACGUGCACUGCCUCCCGCAGCUCCAGGAGGACGCUUCUCCCCCAGCCUCGUCGCCCAUCGCCUUCCCUCCCGCCUUUGAAGCAGCCAAAGUGGAGGCAAAGCCGGAUGAGCUGAAGGUCACAGUCAAGUUAAAGCCUCGGCUGCGAGCUGCCCCUGGGGGGCUUGAAGACUGCAGGCCCGUGACUAAGAAGUGGCGGGGAAUGAAGUGGAAGAAGUGGAGCAUUCACAUCGUCGUCCCCAAAGGCACGUUCCCCCCGCCCUGCGAGGACGAGAUCGACGAGUUCCUCAAGAAGCUGGGCACGUCCCUGAAGCCCGAGCCGGUGCCCCGGGACCACCGCAAGUGCUGCUUCUGCCAUGAGGAAGGGGACGGCGUGACGGACGGGCCGGCCAGGCUGCUCAACCUCGACUUGGACCUGUGGGUCCACCUGAAUUGUGCUCUGUGGUCCACGGAGGUCUAUGAGACCCAGGCGGGUGCCUUAAUCAAUGUGGAACUGGCCCUGCGGAGAGGCCUGCACAUGAAAUGUGUCUUCUGUCACAAAAUGGGUGCCACCAGCGGGUGCCACAGGCUGCGGUGCACCAACGUUUAUCACUUUACCUGCGCCAUGAAAGCACAAUGCAUGUUCUUCAAGGAUAAGACGAUGCUUUGUCCCAUGCACAAGCCAAAGGGAAUUCAUGAGCAGGAGUUAAGCUACUUCGCGGUCUUCCGGAGGGUGUACGUGCAGCGGGACGAGGUGCGACAGAUCGCCAGCAUCGUGCAGCGCGGCGAGCGUGACCACACCUUCCGUGUGGGCAGCCUCAUCUUCCACACCAUCGGCCAGCUGCUCCCGCAGCAGAUGCAGGCCUUCCACUCCCCCAAGGCGCUCUUCCCCGUCGGCUACGAGGCCAGCCGGCUGUACUGGAGCACACGCUACGCCAACAGGCGCUGCCGCUACCUGUGCUCCAUCGAGGAGAAAGAUGGGCGCCCCGUGUUCGUCAUCAGGAUUGUGGAGCAGGGCCACGAAGACCUCGUCCUGAGCGACAGCUCCCCCAAAGGUGUGUGGGAUAAGAUUUUGGAGCCCGUGGCGCGUGUGAGGAAGCAGUCGGAAAUGCUGCAGCUUUUCCCAGCGUAUCUGAAAGGGGAGGACCUGUUUGGCCUGACUGUAUCUGCAGUGGCUCGGAUCGCGGAAUCACUCCCUGGGGUUGAAGCAUGUGAAAACUACACCUUUCGAUAUGGCCGAAAUCCCCUCAUGGAGCUUCCUCUUGCCGUUAACCCCACAGGUUGUGCCCGCUCUGAGCCUAAAAUGAGUGCCCAUGUCAAGAGGUUUGUGUUAAGGCCUCACACCUUGAACAGCACCAGCACCUCCAAGUCCUUCCAGAGCACAGUCACCGGGGAGCUGAACGCCCCGUACAGCAAGCAGUUCGUCCACUCCAAGUCGUCGCAGUACCGGAGGAUGAAGACGGAGUGGAAGUCCAACGUGUACCUCGCCCGGUCUCGGAUCCAGGGGCUGGGCCUGUAUGCUGCCAGAGACAUCGAGAAGCACACCAUGGUCAUUGAGUACAUCGGGACCAUCAUCCGAAACGAAGUAGCAAACAGGAAAGAGAAGCUGUAUGAGUCCCAGAACCGCGGCGUGUACAUGUUCCGCAUGGAUAAUGACCACGUGAUCGAUGCCACACUCACGGGAGGGCCUGCAAGGUACAUCAACCAUUCGUGUGCACCUAACUGUGUGGCCGAGGUGGUGACUUUUGAGAGAGGACACAAAAUCAUCAUCAGCUCCAGCCGGAGGAUCCAGAAAGGAGAAGAGCUGUGCUAUGACUACAAGUUUGACUUCGAGGACGACCAGCACAAGAUCCCCUGCCACUGCGGGGCCGUGAACUGCCGCAAGUGGAUGAACUGAACGCAUUCCUUGCUGUCUGGCGGCGGCUUGUCCCUAGGAAGAAGCGAUUCAACACACCGUUUGGAUUGGCAGCAGAGAGAGGUUUUGUUUUCUGUUUAUGACUGAACUCUAGCUUCUGGGAGUCUGAUUUCCUCAGCCCCUUGGGCCACGCGCCCCCCGACCGCGGCCCCGAGCUGCCCCAGAGGCUGAGGUUACAGAACUACAGAUGGUCCAGCACUUUUUCUUUUCUCUCCUCUUUUCUUUUGUGGGUGGGUUUUGUUUGUUUGUCUGUUUUGUUUUGUUGUUUUAGUCUCACUAAGGAGAAACUUACUGGGGCACAGAGCCGCGGGCUGCUGCCCCGGCAGGGCCCUCCUGUGAAUGUAGACUGAUCACCAGCGAAGGGACAUGUCCGAAGUGCUGGCCACGCCUUAUGGAAAGGGGCGGGCCCUCUGACGUAAAGUUUUUAAUAAAGUAGACACCACUGAACAAGGAAUGUACUGAAAUGACUUCCUUAGGGAUAGAGCUAAGGGAUAAUAACUUGCACUAAAAUACAUUUAAAUACUUGAUUCCAUGAGUCAGUUUAUUGUAGUUUUUGAUUUCUGUAAAAUAAGAGAAACUUUUUGUAUUUAUUAUUGAAUAAGUGAAUGAAGCUAUUUUUAAAUAAAAGUUAGAAGAAAGCCAAGCUGCUGCUGUUACCUGCAGACUAACAGACCCUGUUACUUUGUACAAAUAUGUAAAUAUUUUGAGAAAAAUACAGUAUAAAAAUAGUUAUUGACCAAAUGCUACCAGGCUCUGCAGCAGCUCGGGUGCUUAUAAAAUGUUCAUAGGGAUGUUACAAUAUAAUUUUGUGUUAUAAAUAUGCCAUUAUAAUUAUGUAAUAACCAAAAUUUCAACCUAGAGUGUUUGGAGUUUUUUGGAAACCACGGUCGGUUAGUACUUAAUGUUUUAUACACCUUCUGAUAGAACAGAGUGUAUGCCAUGACUACAACUUUUAUAGCUGUUUUGGUAAUUUAAACUAAUUUUUUCAUAUUAUAUUGUUGCAUCCCUACUUCUUCAGUCAGGUUUUUUUGUGCUUACAAUUUGUGAUAACUGUGAAUAACUGCUUAAAGACACCCACAUAGAGGCUGACUUUUCUUCAGCAAAAGUAGUUUUGAUUAGAACUGUUUCAAGCCACAGAGAAUCAUUUACACAUACUAGGAUCAUGUAGCAGGAACUCUGAUCUAACUCUAGCCUUCUAUUUAACACAAAAAUCUGAAAAAGGAAAAAAAAAAAAGGAGAUGCGAUCAUGGGCUGCAGGACUCCGGCAAAGGGUUUUGGAAGAUGUGAUUUUAAAACGUGUUUGUAUGAUCUGUUUGUUUACAUUUCUUUAAUAAACACACUGUUUUGUGUUUGCUUGUAGAAACUUAAUCAGCAUUUCGAACCAGGUUAGCUUUUUAUUUUGUACUUAAAAUUCUGGUACUGACACUUCACAGGCUGAGUAUAAAAUGAAGUUUUGUGUGCACAAUUCAAGUGGACUGUAAGCUGGUGGUAUAUUCAGUGAUGCAGUUCUGAACUUGUAAUGUAUAUGGCAUGAUGUAUUUUUAUCUUACAGAAUAAAUCAAUUGUAUAUAUUUUUCUCUUGAUAAAUAGCUGUAUGAAAUUUGUUUCUUGAAUAUUUUUCUUCUCUUGUACAAUAUUCUGACAUCCUACCAGUAUUUGUCCUACCGGUUUUUGUUUUGUUUUUGGUUCUGUAUAAUAGUAUCUAAUGUUGGCAAAAUUGAAUUUUUUGAAGUAUACAGAGUGUUAUGGGUUUUGGAAUUUGUGGACACAGAUUUAGAAGAUCACCAUUUACAAAUAAAAUAUUUUACAUCUCUAAAA